GUCUAUUCCUAAAACCCUUCCGUUUUCAUCUUUAUGGGGGUGACAGCUAAACAGUCAAACCCAUAGCUCAAGUUGAAUGAAAAUGAAAACUAGGGUUCGUUCACAUUCUUUGUAGAGAGAGAAUUUAGAGAAAGAGAAGUGUGAAGUAGCAAUAACGGUUUUCGGCUGUGUUUUACCAACCAGUUUGGUUGUUUAUAAAUUUUGUGGCUUUGGUUGGUGAGUCGAGUUCAUCUGGUUUUAUCAGUGUAACGCGCCAAUCUCUAUCUAACUAACUUGAAGAGCGAUGAAUGCGGUGCCUUUGGUGGUAGUCUUUACCUCUUAGGUUUAUACGUCCGAAAAGUACUUGCUGUCAUAUAAGAAUACUCGGUGUGAAAUUGAGAUAUUGAUGCGUUUAGAAGAUCUAGAAAAAGGGUUUGUUGUUGCCCCUAUUUCAUGAGUUUUUGGGGUUCCAUUGGGGGUACUUGUGGUUCUGGUGGUAGUGGGGAUGCAAGACUAUUGUCUGAUAGUCCAUACGACAUUAUGCCCACUGCUACCAUGGCUAAUCCACGACUGGUCUAUCCAUCUAUUGCUCAGCCCAUGUUCAACAAUCCAGUUCUCUCUCUUGCACUUAAACCCAAGAGAGAGGGAAUGGGUGAUCUUGUUGGGCAGAGUUUUGAUCCUGGUUUGAUGGAAAGGGCUAAGGAAGAUGAAUAUGAGAGCAGGUCAGGAAGUGACCACUUGGCAGGUGCAUCAGGCGAUGAUCAGGACACAACAGGCAAUAAAUCACGUAGGAAAAAGAAAUAUCAUCGACACACGCCCUAUCAAAUUCAAGAGCUUGAAUCUUCCUUCAAGGAGAAUCCUCACCCUGAGGAGAAAGCAAGGUUGGAGCUUGGCAAGAAGCUAGGCUUGGAAAGCAAGCAAGUCAAAUUUUGGUUUCAGAACAGAAGAACCCAAAUGAAGACCCAAUUGGAACAUCAUGAGAAUACAAUUCUUAAACAAGAAAAUGAUAAUCUUCGAAUUGAGAAUAUUGCAAUCAAAGAGAAUAUGAGGAAUCCAAUUUGCACUAAUUGUGGACACCCUGCAAUUCUUGGCGAGAUAUCUCUUGAGGAGCACCAUAUCAGGAUUGAGAAUGCCCGGUUGAGAGAUGAGCUCAAUCGAAUAAGCGUCCUAGCAAGCAGAUUUUUAGGCAAGCCAUUGCCAUCUUUAGGUGGUUUUGUUCCCCUUGGAAUAUCAAAUGCUGGUUUGGAACUUGCAGUGGGAAGAAAUGGCUUCGGUGGUUUAAGCUCAGUAGACAGUGCAUUCUCAAUGGGUCUUGAUUUUGGCAAUGGGAUUUCAAAUGAUUUGCCUGUGGUGCCUCCGACUAGACCAGCAGUUAGCAUGACCAGCCUUGAUGUACCAUUGGAUAGAUCUUUGCUUCUACAGCUUUCAUUGGCUGCAAUGGAUGAGUUAAUGAAGCUGGCUCAGACAGAUAAUCCUCUCUGGUUCAAAAACUUGAAUGGAGAGGGAGAAGCAUUGAACAUUGAGGAGUAUGCACGGACAUUUCCUCCUUGUAUUGGUAUGAAACCCAGUGGUUUCAAAACUGAAGCUACAAGGGCAACUGGUACAAUAAUCAUGAAUAGCAUAGCGCUGGUGGAGACAUUAAUGGACACAAAUCGAUGGGCAGAAAUGUUCCCUUGCAUUAUUGGAAGGACUACCACUCUUGAUGUGAUUUCCAGCGGCAUGGAUGGCACCAGAAAUGGUGCUCUGCAACUGAUGCAUGCCGAGCACCAACUGCUUUCACCAUUGGUCCCCGUUCGUCAAGUGAAGUUUCUCCGGUUCUGCAAGCAGCAUGCGGAGGGGGUGUGGGCAGUGGUUGAUGUGUCUGUUGAUACCAUCCAAGAAGGUUCAAAUGCACACGCAUUUGUGAAUUGCAGGAGGCUUCCUUCUGGCUGUGUUGUACAAGAUAUGCCUAAUGGUUAUUCCAAGGUUAUCUGGGUCGAACAUUCAGAAUGUGAUCAGAGUGCUGUCCACCAACUUUAUCGACCAUUGGUCAGGUCCGGCAUGGGCUUUGGUGCACAAAGGUGGGUUGCCACCCUCCAGUGGCAAUGCGAGUGCUUGGCGGUCAUGAUGCCAUCCAUUGUAUCCAAUGAAGAUCACGCAGUAAUUACUCCAAGUGGUAGGAGAAGUGUGGCAAAGUUGGCACAGCGCAUGAUUCGUAACUUCUGUGCUGGGGUUUGUGCGACUGUACACCAGUGGGAGGUGGUUCAAGUUGGAAAUGUGGUUGACGAUGUGAGGUUGAUGAUACGGAAGAGCAUUGGUAACCCUGGUGAGCCCCCUGGGAUUGUUUUGAGUGCCACAAUGGCUGUUUGGAUGCCUGUAUCGCAUCAGCGUUUGUUUGAUUUUUUACGGAAUGAACAGCUGAGGAGCCAGUGGGAUGUUUUGUCCUACGAUGGUCCCAUGCAACAUAUGGCCCUCAUUGCUAAGGGUCUGGAUCGUGGCAAUAACAUUUCAAUUCUCGGUGCUAGUGACACGGCUGCUAUUCCAAAUCAGCACAGCAUGCUGAUUUUACAAGAGACGAGCACGGAUGCAUCAGGAUCAGUCAUAGUGUAUGCAGCAGUUGACAUGCCAGCAAUGAAUGUUUUGAUGAAUGGAGGAGAUUCCUCCUGUGUAGUAUUUCUGCCUUCCGGAUUUGCCAUAGUUCCUGAUUGUCUUCCCGAUUCGGGUAGGUUAAACAACUGUAAUGGAACUUUGACCAAAGAAGGUAGUAGUGGUAGCAGCAAUGGGUCCUUACUGACUAUAGGGUUCCAGAUAUUGGUGAACAGCCUACCGGAAGCCAAGCUCACAAUCAAGUCAGUUGAGACCGUGAAAGCACUCAUCUCUCGUACGCUUCAGGGGAUCAAAGCUGCCCUUCAUUGCAAUUGACAUGGCAGGAUUGAUAUAGUUAGAGUGUUGCAUAGGUUAAUUAACCAGCUUUUGUUUUUUUGUUUUUUGAAUAGCAAAACUACAUAUGAGAUGGGGUAUACAGAAGUGAGGCUGAGAUGAAGAUUCUGAAAAAGGGAUUUGAGUCAAGAACGAACCGUGGUGAAUCCUUGCUGGGUGUUAGGGUACAUACGAUGAUUUUGAGUACAAUUGCUCGUGGGGUGGGUGUCAUUUAAGUUUGGCGCCAAGCAGAGGGUGGUGGUUCGGGUAUUGACUCAGUUAACCAGGGAGAUAAAAUCAGGAUAAUCAGUAUUCAGCUGUUUGUUGCUUAUUUAUAGGAGGGGGGGAAACAGAAAGAUGAUGGUCUCUGUAAACCUUUUUGUAUUUGGAUAGUAUCUAAACGAACCUGUUGGUGUGAUUUAAACUCUGAUACCAUAUAAAAUGCAAGUCUGCGAAAAG